GUGAUGGCGUCGUACGUACUGUACCCAGUGGCCUACAUCAUGGGCAUUCACCCCGACGACUGCCGUGCGGUGGGAAUGCUCAUGGGCUACCGGAUCUUCACGGCCAACUUCGUGGCUUUCCUCAAGAUGGCGGAGCUGAAGGGCAACAAGGCGGCUUACGACGGCUACAUGUUGGCCACAAACUUCACGGGAGGCGUGGAGUACACUCGUGAUGACGUCAUUCUCUCCGGAUUAAACGUCACGCUGAAAAAUGGCUUUAUUAGAUAUGGCUUCUCCAGCGUGUUAGCCGUGGCCAUGACCUUGGGCAUCAUGCAUAGCCUCGUGCCCAACCGGCGGCACUGGAUCUCCACCAUCGCUGUGCCGGCCCUCGUAGCUGGGAACGUAGCCAACUGUAUGACUGGCUGCUUCGCUGGUAUCUUCUUCUGAGCGACAGGGAAAAAGUUCCAGCGAAAAAUGAACACACCGGAGACUACACGUGACAACACGCUUCACGACAAAUAACACACCAGAGACUACACGCGACAACACGCUUCACGACAAAUGAACACACCAGAGACUACACGCGACAACACGCUUCACGACAAAUGGACACACCAGAGACUAUACGCGACGACACGCUUCACGACAAAUGAACACACCGGAGACUACACGCGACGACACACUUUACGACAAAUGAACACACCAGAAACUACACGCGACAAGAGGCUUCACGACAAAUGAACACACUAGAAACUACACGCGGCCAUGUGCUUCACGACAAAUGAACACGCCAGAGACUAAACUACACGCGACAACACGCUUCAUGACAAUCCACCCACUAUUAUUUUAUAACUUAACUAACAUUGCAAUGAACGUGUGAACAUGACGGUAACAAAUGAAAAUAUUCCUCAGCAAAAAGAAACGAUUAUUUUUCAAUCAUUGCCAGGGAACUCAAGUUUCUAUAUACAAUAUAUCCGGGUAAGACAUUCCACAUCAAAGGGCCUUAUUUUAGCACGGAAAUGAAUG